AUGGAAGAGCUUAGUCGCGCCGAGUCGACUAACGAUAACAUCAUACUGAACUGUCCCGAGGGACGGAAGAUCUCGCAAGCUGUAGCAUCCGCAGACGGUCGGGAUCAGCCAGCAAGCAUUGGAGAAAGCCGUGGAGCCCCACCACCGCAUUGGAAAGAAUCGGAGGCCCAGGUUGACCUUUCCCGGGGUCAGACUGGGGAGUCAAGUAUUUAA